AUGUCGUCUGAUAGUGACGGCAUCAGUAAAGCCAUGGAUCACGACUCGGGCGGGAAAAGAAAACCGCCAAAACGUAGUCAAGAUGUGCAGCGGGAAAACGAUGAUUUCUAUAAGCCAUUUUACAAAUUAAAUUAUAAAAGAGUUUUUCCAGAGUUAAUAGGAAUGGCUGAAUACACGGUUUUUAUUGAGAGUCGUAAAGAAGGAGUUAAAUUAGGAAAUGCGAAUCCCUUAAUAUUGGCGGGAUUUUUCAAAAACGAAAUCAAAGAACUCACUAAUAUAAGAAUAAUAAACGCUUCUAAAGUAGGAGUGGUAUUUGCGCGGACGAUUAACGCCAACGACUUUUUAAAAAAUGAAAGUUUCCUAGAGAAGCAUGAUUAG